CCUGUCCUGGCAAUUGGCAAAGCUUGUAAAGAUCGCAGAAUGGAGACCCACCCUCCAGACAAGGGCACGUAAUACGCCGUCGUUCCAUGCAUCAAAAUUCGCAAUCCAAAAAGAACCUUCGCCAUUUCCCCCUUACCGCUAAUCACGCACCAAAUCAUGUUAAAUCUCACCGACAGCACAAUCUCACCCUCACCUAAACGAUGACGUGGCGGCUCCUCAUUGGCCACACAUCAUAACACGUAACCAAAACCAUUGACUUUUCCCUCUACCAACGAACCAACCGCACCGUAAGUCCACGUCACCUUCCCCACCGCGAAAAGCACCCCAGAAGCGCUUUCCGCUGCCGCUUCCCCUUUUCUCUUUUCCGCUCGUAGUGUGGACCCGCCACCGGGACACCAUCAUCACGCCCCCUUCCUCCUUCCCCCUCGGUAUUGCCAUAAAUCUCACAAAUGGGUACCUCAGAAAAGUCAAAGCUCAAACCUUUAUGUUGCUUUAGUUCUCGAUGCUUCUCUGAAACCCGCGUUUGCUUUUCAUUUUGCGCCAAUGGCCGAGCCCCCUGCAACGCCGGACACGACGGAAGUGACAUCCGGGUUCGGUUUCGGAACCGGUUCGGGUCAGAAACCGGUUCAGGGGAUAAGAAGAGUGGGUUUGAGAGCUGAAAUAGAUACUUCGCCGCCGUUUGGGUCUGUUAAGGAAGCGGUUACCCGUUUUGAAGGAAGCGAACCUUGGAUGCCCCUUUGCAAGUUUGGAGAGGCCUAUAACAGUAUUGAAGACUUUGACAUAAAGAGGGUGGAGGAGGAAGCCGCGAAGUUGGAAAAGGAUUUGAUAGUGAAAGAACUCGAAACACUUGAUGUGCUUGAAGAACUGGGUGCUACCAAAGCUAUUUUGGAGGAAUUGAAGCGGCAGCUGCAAUCAGAAGCAUUGAAUUGUUUUGCAGCUCCAGGUUGUGAAGAGGUUGGAGAUCCUGUUAAAAAUUGUGUGAAUGAUCUCAACAAUCAAGAACAGACAUUGCAUGAUAGUGCUACUUCAUCACCUGAUCUGUUCUUAAUGGAGUUAAAACAAGCUAAAGUGAACCUUGGCAAAACUAUAAAUGAUCUUGGAGUGAUACAAUCUUCUGUUGAGACUUUGAAUAAGAAGAUGAAGAAGGAGAGGCUUUUUCUUGGGAGGACGCGUGAGAAGCUAGCAUCAAAGUUUGCAGAUAUCUCUACUCAAGAAGUAGCCACAAAAGAAGUAAGGUUAAAUCCACCACCAGCUCCUGAAGGAACAAGUUGCACUUGUUGUCAUGAUCCCCUAAAUGUUGUAAGGAGUUUCAAAUUUGAUACUGGACAGUGCAAUGGAAUGAGUGAAACAAGAAGUUCUAAAGCUUCAACGCCCUUGUCUGAGUUUGGAGAGAAUGGAUUUAGUAUUAAAACUGCUGAGAUGAGGUGGUUUGCAGCUAAAAAGAUGGAAGAAGCUGCAAUGGCAGCAGAAGCUGUUGCUCUUGCCGAAAUUGAGGCUCUAUGUAAUUGUAACCCUGAGAUAUCAUCAGAAUCUGCUCUUCAAGAACACCACAAAGUGACCUUUGCCAAUCCCAUAGCUCAAAUUCCUCAAGAGUCAACCUUGAAGGAGGUAAUAGACUCCAAGUUCGAAAUUGAGAAAAUAGGUUCUUCUAAACUGAGUGUUUUGAAAAAGUUGGAGGAAGCAACAGAAGAAGUUCUACGCAGCAAACAAGUCUUGACUGAGGCAUUAAACAGUGUUGAAAGUGCAAACAGAAAGCAACUUGCUGCCAGGGAGGCUCUUCAAAGAUGGAUUCCUGAGGAUGAUCUAAAGGGUGAGCCAGUGUAUGACUAUGUUAAGCACAACAAGUUCAAUCAAGCUGGAAAUUAUCAGGAUUCUCUUCAGUCAGUGAAGAAGGAUCCGAAACCGAUCUUAAAGUCUUCAAUUUCAAUGAGAGAUGUGCUCAGCAGAAAGCAAGUUCCUGAAGAUUACACUACCACAAAGGAGAUGGAAGAGCACCCUGAAAGAAGGGUAGCAUUUAGUCAAAUGCUUCGAGCAUUGAGGGAGGAUCAAACUCUACCUACAAUACCCGAGAAAGAUGGGAGCAAUCAAAAGCAGUUCAUAGCACAAAGGAAAAAGUUUGGAUUCAUCCAAAUAUCACUCCCUUUGGGAAAGCGAAGUAAGAAAAAAGCAUGAAUUUAGUUCUAAUGCCUAUGCAUGGAUCAAUCUACACGACUCAUGCAUCUGUCUUACAUCUCUAGGCUUCUUGCCAUUCUUUUGUUGAUUCUUAUGUGAUGUCUGCUUUUUUGUUUGUCAUAGAAUUUGUGACUCUGAUUUUGUAAAAUCCACACCUACACCCAGUGAGAUAAGGCCAUUAUUGGCGUUGUUUGGCUUUGUAACUAGUUUUUUUUUUUUUUUUUUCUUUUCUGUGUGAUUGCUUUACUUUAUGCAACUAGCUUAGCUUUAGCAGGGCUAGCAGAUUUUGCUGUUGUUCAUUGUUAGGAUUGAUCUCCUCUAAUCCCCUCCCCAGUGAAGUACUAAUGUACUAUGAACCUCCUUCUGUAAAUGUUAGUUUGGAACGUGGACGAUGUACUUGUUUUUCAAUGUUC